AUGGAGUUCAUAGAAUAUCUACAAGCGUUCAUGGCGGAGCACAUGGCUCAGGGCUCGCGCAGUGAGCCACCUCCUCAAGUUUCGGGCACCGAGCCAGCUCCUCAGGUCUCGGGCAUGGAACCACCUCCUCAGGUCGCAGGCAUGGAGCCACCUCCUCAGAUCUUGGGAAGCGAACCACCCCCUCAGGUUACGAACAGCCAGACAUCGCCUCAGGUCUCGAGCAGUGUGCCACCACCUCCGCCUCCUUCACAAGCCAAGAUCAAGAUGCCAAAUUUUUUUGAGGUCGAUAAGAAAAGGGUAGGUAGAUCUUUAUGA